GCAAGCCUUUGACAGCAUCAUGGCCCGCGGGGAGCCUGCUGUUCAUUUCCGCGCUGCCAGAUCCUUCAAUAGGGAAGGCCCAGAACGAAUUGAGGCCACACUGGACAGCCUGGGUAUCAGUGAUGAACUCAAAGACAAACUGGAGGAUGUGCUCAUCCCAGAACAACGGUUCACCUUGGGCCGGAUGUUGGGCAAAGGGGAGUUUGGGUCAGUGAGGGAAGCCCAGCUGAAGCAGGAGGAUGGCUCCUUUGAGAAGGUAGCGGUGAAAAUGCUAAAAGCGGACAUCAUCAACUCCAGUGACAUUGAAGAGUUCCUCCGAGAGGCUGCUUGCAUGAAAGAAUUUGACCACCCACAUGUGGCCAAACUUGUUGGGGUGAGCCUUCGGAGCCGUGCAAAGGGCCGCUUGCCUAUCCCCAUGGUGAUCCUGCCCUUCAUGAAACAUGGGGACCUACAUGCUUUCUUGCUUGCCUCCCGAAUAGGAGAAAACCCUUUUAACCUGCCCUUGCAGACGCUGAUCCGAUUCAUGGUUGACAUUGCCAGUGGCAUGGAGUACCUGAGUUCCCAGAACUUCAUCCACAGGGACCUGGCUGCUCGGAAUUGCAUGUUAGCUGAGGACAUGACUGUGUGUGUGGCUGACUUUGGGCUAUCUCGGAAGAUAUACAGUGGUGAUUAUUACCGGCAGGGCUGUGCCUCCAAAUUGCCUGUCAAAUGGCUAGCCCUGGAGAGUUUGGCUGAUAACCUGUACACAGUACAUAGUGAUGUGUGGGCGUUUGGUGUGACCAUGUGGGAGAUAAUGACUCGGGGACAAACACCAUAUGCCGGUAUUGAAAAUGCUGAGAUUUACAACUACCUCAUCAGCGGGAACCGUCUGAAGCAGCCACCUGAUUGUCUCGAGGAAGUAUAUGAACUCAUGUACCAGUGCUGGUGCUCGGACCCCAAGCAGCGCCCUAGUUUCCCGAUCCUUCGGAUGGAGCUAGAAGAGAUCCUGGGCCGUCUGUCUGUUCUCUCUGCCAGUCGUGAUCCUCUUUACAUCAACAUCGAGAGGGCUGAGGAGCAAGCAGAAGAGGGUGGCCAGCUGGGUGGGGACCAGGCUAUCAGUGGGGAUGAGGAUAGGAACAGUAGUGGUACAGGACCAGUAGGUGGUAUUCCGAGUGACUAUCGAUAUAUCCUUAGCCCUGGAGGGCCAGCUGAACAGUCUGGGGAGGAACAACCGUCAGAAGGAGCCUGUGGGGAGGCCCAGAGGCGAAUGCUACUCUAGCAGGGGCUGUAGGCACAUAGAGGCUGUUAGCCUAACAAACGGAUAGGCAUCCUUUGGUGGGUAAGGGGAGGUGUCUGGCUGGCUUGGCUGGCUAGCAAAGCCCCCUCCCCUCUUGAUCUCAGCCCAGUCAAAAGUGUGGGGACUCCUGUGGUAGUCCCUCCCAAAUUGUGUUGGGGACUGGGUUUUGGAAGUCUGAUAUGACCAAAUCGCCCAAUCCCAGUUCUUCCUCCAAUCACUCUGGGUCCAGCCAGCCUGGCACAGGCUCGUGACUAUUUCAUUCGGGUGGGGAGGGAGGGGGGAGGUAAGGCAGGCCUAGUUGUCUGGACUCUGGCAGCUGGUACUCUGUGGUUACAUUCCCAUGGUUACGAUGGUUGGGGGCCAGGAAGGAGAGGAGAUAAGUGUCACUAUUCACCCCUUUCCUCCCCAGUGGGCUAACCCUGCUGCUUUAGUGCAUGUGCUGAGCCGCCCCCGGCCUAGGGAGGCAGCUCUGCCCACACCACUGGUUUUUAAUGCUCUAGGCCUGGCUUCUUCAAGGUACAUAGAGAUGAAUUUACAUUAUACCCAUGCAGGUAUGAGUUGGUAGAGAGGUUGGUAGGGCCAACCCCUCUCACCCUGUAGGUGGGAUUGGAUGUCAGUAUACUCAGGUCUGAAUAACCCUUUGUCAGCAGGACUGGGGGGCUACCCUGCCAAUGACCCAUCCCUGUUGGGUGCUGCACACUCCCUAGGUCACACCUAUGCAGAAAGCUAUAGGAUAUCAGGCUGCUAGGUGCCCUUCCCUUGAAAAGAAGGGGAUCGGUGGGGCCUAAGGAAGGAUUGGUGAGACCAGAUGUAUCUGGUCCUAUAAGGGAUGGCAUCCUCUUUCCACUAGUGAGGGAAGCACCCUCCACUGUCUGUUUGGAGCAUGCUACAAGAAUCCUAAUCCCACUAACAAAGGCAGCUGUGUCUAAGCCCAGAGGGUUUUCUGGUCCCACUUCUUCCUUCCCUGCUGAGUCCCUCUCUCCUGACUUUGCCUUUAACAGAAGCCUCCUCUUUUUGCCUGCUCCCAUUCAGAGCUACUGAAGUGGGAGGAAUUGAGGCCAGGGGGCUGGUUUUGAGGAAAGGGGUUAUUAUUGAUUGCUACCACUUCCAUAGCAGAGACAGCUGUGGGGGAAAGGGAGUGACAGUAGUCUGCCUUGGGAAGGGUGUUUCCAGGCUGUUAGAUGCCAUUUAAACACAGAAAUAAAAACAAACCUCAGAACAGCCAUUUGGAAAUAGUCAUUUCUUCUUUACCUGUCAAUCAAGCACUCUCCUUUGUUGGUUUGGGGGGUGGGGUAGAGAGAAAAGUUAGGAGGUUGUGAUACUGAUUUUUCACCUUUCCUCCCCAAGGCUGCAGAAAAUUAUGUCUUGGGCCUAUGUGGAGUGGAGCAUGUAAGUAUAUAGGUCGUUAAAAGCCUGUGCUUUCCUACCCUUUAAAAGGAGCUCAGGAGAAACAAAAGGGAUUGUGUGUAGGGCAGGGAGCUUGCUUGGGAAAUAGGUUGCAGCUGAUGCCAUCAAAGAAGUAGAAUGGGGGUGGAGUGAAGAAACAGCCGUCUUCCAAAAAUUUCAGGAAAAACCUGUUGCUGCCAGAACUGGUUCUGGCUCCUACGUAGUAAGGAGAUGGAGAGAAAGACAUUGACUUCAAUCAAGGUCUGUAGGAAACUAGAAUCAAGAAAACUUGCUAGCUAGGGCUAGCCUUGCCUUUAAGGGACUGAUCAAUUCAGUGAACAUUAAGAAACCAAGGUAUGUAAAACCCUGUGCUAGGUGCUACAAAGUUGAGAUAAACAUAGUCUUCCGCUUCAUAGAAUUUAUGUUCUCGUAGGGUUUGCUGUCUCCUAUAAUGUGGCUUGAUGAGAGACAGCAAGCCCAGCCCACAAAUACCUCCACUUUGAGGAUUCCAUGUGGUCUGGAUUUCUAUCGUUAAAGAUUCCUCCUGUGGGUUAAGAACAUUAUUGUGUCUUUCCUUAAAUGGAUCCCAGAAAAGGUGGCCAUGUAGAAAACCUAAUGCCUUAGCUUAUCAGAUCAAUUUUCUUCAGGAUAAUUAGCAGAUAGAAGAGCUUGGGGGCAAAAAGUAUUUAUUAAGU